CCAUGCCGGUGGUGCCGCCGCUGCUCCUGGCGCUCACAGCGCUGCUGGCGUCCCGCCCAAGCGCGGCCUCCCGCGGGGAGCAGCCGCCCGCAGUGCCUUCACCAACAGAAAUUGUAAUAAGAUCUGAAAAUUUCAAAACUCUUUUGCAUUGGCAGUACCCACCUGUGUCUGAAACUCCUCAUUUUAUUGUGGAAAUCAAACCUUACGAUCUGUUUUACAGUUUUGGUUCCUAUAAGACCGUCUCAACUUGUGUGAACACUUCAGCUUAUUUCUGUGAUCUCUCAGGGGAAAUAUGUGAGCCUUAUUUGUCUCACUGGCUUCGACUUAAAGCUGUUAUUGGGUCACGACAAUCUGAAUAUGUUGAGACGAAUGAGUUUAUUUUGCAAAGGCAUGGAAAAAUAGGACCACCAAAACUGAAUCUCUCAAGGCAUGGUGAUAAAAUCAUGGUUGAUAUUUACCAUCCUUUAUUCCCUCUUUCUUGUAUUGAAGACAUUUAUUUAAAGCUUGAGUACCUGGUGACUUUUCGGAAUAGUACAAAUGAGGCUGAAGAGUUCUAUGUAGACAACUGUACAAUGGAAAAAUGUAGCCUCAUUAUCCAAGUUCCUGCUGAAGGUUCCACUUACUGUGUUUCAGCGAAGGGAAUUUUUGAUGCACUGAUGAUUGGCACCCCAUCAGAGGAAAGCUGCAUUCUUGUUCCUGUCAAGCAGACAUUGAGUGUACAAUGGAUCGUCAUGGUGUGUGUUGUUAUUGGGAGCCUGAGCGUAAUAGUGAUGGUAUAUUUUGGCUGCAGGAGACUAAGGAAAAGGAACAUAACGCUGCCUAAGUCUUUGGUCAGUGUGAUGAGGAACCUCAACAAAGACACCUUACUUUUAGGGCCAAAAUCGGAGGGAAAGUAUAUAUCUGUAAUAAGCUUCAUGUCAGGCCAGUCAGCAUUGCCAGUGAAUGGUGAAGUAACCUUGCUGGAGAUAGAGCCAGAAGAAGAAACUGUUAGUCCUAAGAAUUCCGGUGAUGGAGAAUCUUCUGUACUUACCCUGGAGGCACCAGCCAAAGCAGAAGAGGAGUUUGUGCAGGAAAGCACAGAGGAGGUAUCUUAUGAUGCUGAUGAACAGAAUUAUAAAGUAAAAGAGAGUUAUUUCGUUUCUGACAGUAGCCAAAUGGAUAUAUGCAGUAACUCUUCAGGUACAGAGGUUUCUGCCACAGAAACACAGCAAGAAGUCAUUCCAAGCAGCUGUUUGAAGUUUUCUGGCUAUGACAAGCCUCAUGUUCCAUUAAAUAUGUUGAUGAUAGAUGUUGGUGAAGAACAGCCUGUGAAUACUUACAGGCCAACUGAGUAACCAGGAUAACAAAAGUGUUUAACCAGAACUCAGGAAAAACAGCAUUACUGAAGAUUAUGGAAAAUCUGGGUUAAAUUGUGAACAUCUGCAAGUUGUACUUGUUCUGAUCCAACCAAAGUAACCAGUGCACAAGUGAGAGUAGUGCCUGAAAACUGCAUAAAAAGUGUGGGGAAAUUUCAUAAUAACCACUUUUGAGUUUUUGUAUACGAUAUAAUUUAGUAUUUCCUAUUUGAAGUAGCAGUGUGUGUUUUUUAACAAUACAGGA